AUUUGGUUGCCUGGUUAUCUACCUACUACAUUCUCAGAUAGCAACACUCUGCAUUUUCUUCACUCGCUCAUCCGCAUAAAGUUGCCAUUUCACGAGAAUGGUUGUAUUUGGAUCAAAUCAUUUGUCAUGCCAUGCCUAUCUCUCACCAGUUCACCACACCGUUCUAGGAGAUUGUUGAACAUGCCUUCAAUCACUGAUAAUAGUGGGAACUUUGCUUUCUGUCAUGCCUUGUCUUCCAUUACUGAAACCGUGUUCUCUGAAUGGCGAAGCAUGCUUAGCAAUGACUGUCUCAGAUCUGAAACUUUGGAUUUAAACCUUUAUUAUGCAACCUUCAUCGUUUAGUUCUUCAUGCAAUGCCUCUACAGUCUUAUGUGCAUCAGCCCCUCACGUAUAUGCAGGUUUUGCUUUUGUUUAUCUUGAUAAUGAUCGUGAUGCUGAGGAUGCUAUUCAUCACCUUGAUGACAAACCAUUUGGUUAUGACAGGCGCAGAUUAUCUGUGGAAUGGGCUAGGGGUGAGCGUGGUCGUGAACGUGGUCAUCAUCUUGAUGGGUCUAAAUCUGUGGCAAUCCAGAGGCCCACAAAAACCUUGUUUGUCAUCAACUUUGAUCCCCUCCGCACCAAGGUUUGGGAUAUUGAAAGACACUUUGAGCCCUAUGGAAAGAUUCUUAAUGUCAGAAUUCGGCGGAACUUUGCAUUUGUGCAGUUUGAGACUCAGGAUGAAGCUACCAAAGCUCUUCAGGCUACACACUUGAGCAAGAUACUAGAUCGUGUGGUUUCAGUUGAGUAUGCUCUGAGAGAUGAUGAUGAGAGAGGUGAACGUCAUUAUGAUAGUCCCAAAAGAGGUGGUUAUGGAAGGCAUGCGGAUAGUCCUUAUAGGAGGUCACCAAGUCCGGUGUAUUGCAGGCGUCCAAGUCCUGAUUAUGGUCGUCCCCGCAGCCCAGCUUAUGGUAGGUACAAUGGUCCAGCGUAUGACCGGCGUAGGACUCCUGAUUAUGGAAGACAUGCGAGUCCAGAGUAUGGCAGAUACCGCAGUCGCUCCCCUAUCCGAAGAUCAAGGACAUAAAAUUGGUCUGAAUCAGUUGCAGUAAAGGGCUGAAGACGUUACUCUGGUGGUUUUAGUAGUAGCUUUAGGUAGAAAGAGAUUGUUGUGAACUUAUGCUAUACUCGAGUCUCUCCUUUGUUGUUAAUAUGCGAUUUCCUUGGA